GCCCUGGUGCCACCCAUUCCCUUUGGAGAAAACUCCGAACAGUGCAUAAGUUGGACGAAUUCGUCAUAGAAUUCUUUUGAGGUACAAAUUCGCGUUAAAACCGUUUUGCCUGGAAGCAGGAAGGCCAGCAAUUUGUGGCAGAAGUGCUGCGCAUUGCGCGUGUGAUAUUUGCAGUAACCGGAAGUGUGCGUGGAGUGUUGGAAGGAAGAAGAAGAAUAAGUAUAGUGGGACAGCUGAGAAGAAGAAGAAGAACAAGCGAAGCGAAAAAAGAGCUUUCAUUGUGUGUGAAUUGAGAAAUCCCAAGCCCUGCAAGUUCAUUUCGGUCAAUCGAUAGAAAGAACCGCUACGGAAUAAAGUGUUCCCUGGUGGCCUCAACCGAGCCAAGUGAACUUUGUCGAAUUAAAAUAAGACUUUAAUUUGUGAUUCCCGUCAGUUUUAUAGCACGUUUCACUUCAGCAUCGCAGGAACGCAGAAGACAAAAAACAAUACGAACGCUGGUAGUAAUAUGAGUAAUGCUAUUAACCAAAAUGGUACAGGUCUAGAGCAGCAGUUUGCUGGUCUGGACUUGCAGCAGCCGCAGUGCGCGCAAGAUUCGGGUAAUUUGAAAUCUUCGUCUGCUCGUUACGUUCCACCUCAGCUGAGAAGUGGCCGUGGUGGUGGUGGCGGCGGCGGUCCUGAGAACGAUAAUCAGUCCGGCCGUGGAGGAGGUUACGAUCGCGGCGGCCGUGGUGGCGACGAUUAUUCCGGAGGAUCAAGAUACGGCGACCGUGACCGCGGAGAUUACUACGGUAACCGUGACUUCAACCGUGGUCGUGGUGGUGGCGGCGGUGGACGCUACCAAAACGAUCGAAGAGACAACUACAACCGUGGUGGUGGCGGCGGUGGAUAUAAUCGUGGACCUCCACCAGACCGUGCCCCAGAACAAGAUUUACAACCCCAACCGGAGGAGUAUCAGCAAAAUGGCGGCGAACCAACUAUCGAUUCAUUUGUCGAUCGUGGCGAGCAACCGAGAAAUGAUGGUAAUUGGAAUAACAAUGCUCGCGGUGGUCGCCAAGGAGAUUUCCGUGAUCGGCGAAUGGAUAAUCCUCCGCCGCAAAAUGACAGAUGGCAAGAACCUUCCUCGAACGGAGAGAAUAGAGGAGGAUACGGAGGAGGUGGCUACGGAGGCUACCGCGGCGGCAGAGACGAACGCGGACCCGGCAUGGGUGGACGCUGGAACGAACGCUCCAGAGGAGACAUCGACUACACGCAACUUACCGAGCGCGACGAGCGCUUGGAAAUGGAGCUCUUCAAACACGGUAACACCGGUAUCAAUUUCAGCAAGUACGAAGAUAUUCCCGUGGAGGCGACGGGUGAAGCCGUGCCACCGAAUAUUAACACUUUCGAUGACAUUGAGCUGACAGAGAUUAUCGAGAACAACGUAAAACUGGCGCGCUACGAUGUACCAACACCGGUUCAGAAGUACGCUAUCCCUAUUAUUAUUACCGGACGUGAUUUGAUGGCUUGUGCUCAGACGGGAUCCGGAAAGACGGCCGCAUUCCUGGUUCCAAUUUUGAAUCAGAUGUACAAGCAUGGAGUUGCUCCACCACCGAAUCGUCCAUCCAAUCGCCGCAAGCAGUUCCCGCUUGGACUAGUGCUGGCUCCAACUCGUGAACUGGCAACUCAAAUUUUCGAAGAAUCUAAGAAAUUCUGUUAUCGCUCUCGCAUGCGCCCUUGCGUCCUCUAUGGUGGAAACAAUACUCAGGAACAAAUGCGCGAACUAGAUCGCGGUUGUCAUCUAGUUGUUGCUACACCUGGACGUCUGGAAGAUAUGAUCAUGCGCGGUAAGGUUGGACUCGACAAUAUACGUUUUCUCGUUCUUGAUGAGGCCGAUCGUAUGCUGGACAUGGGAUUCGAGCCUCAAAUUCGUCGUAUAGUUGAAGAAUGCAAAAUGCCACCGACCGGAGAACGCCAAACUCUGAUGUUCUCAGCCACGUUCCCGAAAGCGAUCCAAGAGCUAGCAAGCGAUUUUCUUCACAAAUAUAUCUUUUUGGCCGUUGGUCGUGUAGGAUCCACUUCCGUCAACAUCACUCAGUCAAUCUUCUGGGUAGAAGAACACGACAAACGCUCACAUUUGUUGGAUUUACUCUCAAACAUCAAAGCACAGAACGAAGGUGACGAAAAAGACUGUCUAACGCUAAUCUUCGUUGAAACGAAGAAAUCCGCCGAUUCAUUGGAAGAAUUUUUAUACAAUUACAGUCACCCUGUCACUAGCAUUCAUGGUGAUCGCACCCAAAAGGAACGUGAGGACGCACUCAAGUGUUUCCGCUCUGGUCGCUGCCCAGUUCUAGUUGCAACGGCGGUAGCGGCCCGUGGCUUGGAUAUUCCAAAUGUCAAACAUGUCAUCAACUUUGAUUUGCCAGCAGAAAUCGAAGAAUACGUGCACCGCAUCGGUCGUACCGGCCGUAUGGGUAAUCUCGGCAUCGCUACCAGUUUCUUCAAUGAUAAGAACCGGAACGUGGCUAACGGCCUAGUUAGACUACUACAGGAGACCCAACAAGAGAUUCCGUCAUUCCUGGAAGAUAUGACCAGUGAUCGUUCGUGGGCAAGCCGUAGUCGUGGUGGCGGUCGCAAUCAGCGCUAUGGUGGAUCAAGUUCUACUUUCGGUUCUAGGGAUUACCGUCAACAAAGCAACAAUCGUGGCAAUAACCGUGAUCAACGAGGCGGUGGAGGGGGCCGAAGCGGUGGUUAUGGCGGUGGAGGUGGAGGUGGAUAUGGUCGUGAGGAAGGAAGCUACUACCGCAACGGAGGCGGAGGCGGUGGUGGUGGCGGUGGCGGCGGCAAUUAUGGUGGCAGCUACAGCAACAGCGGUGGCGCCAGUGAUUGGUGGAACGAGUAAGGCAACAAUUUCCGCGUCGGAGAACCGGGAAUCGAAUUUCCAACAUGCUUAUGGAAAUAAUGAAGAAAAAACGAAUACACAAACACAACAUCUAAACAUACAUAGUACACAACAGAUAUAAAUGAAUCCACUCUAAAUUAUCGUUACAAAACAAUACAGAAGAAUAAUAUGGAAUAGUUUAUAUUCAUUCAGACAACCAUAAGAGUAGAGAAAAUGUCAUCCCGUGAAACGACAAACUGUGUUUAUUUUCAAUCUAUUCAGCCGUCUUAAAGGAGUAGAAAAUAAAUGAAAAAUACGCCCUCAAAAAUAAAAUGUUUUGCGUUUGGGGAAAAUAUAAAGUUAGAAAACAUAUUAUUUAUAUUGAUCUAAAUAACCAACAAACACGAUUUUAAACAACUUACCAACAACUAGAUCGCUUCGAAACAAUGUUCAAAAUGGAUAACAAGCAUGCAAAAUUCAGAACAAACAGGAAACUGUCUUCUACACACAAAAACACAAACACACAUGCUAAUAUAUACAGCAAACAUAGAAAAUCCAAAAUCUAACGACAACAAAAAAAACUACAUUUUGAAAUUCGUUGGACAAAAAAAAUCAAACAUGGGUUACCUUCGCGGAAAUUCUGCCAAUCGCUUCUUCCAAAUCGUUGAUUCUGUUCUGGACGGGUUGACACAUGAACUCGAGAACUGUGAAGAGAAUUUGUGACGCGCGGUGAUACACACACACACAAAGUACUAUUAAAACAAAAAAGAAGUGAUAUUGUGCAGAAUAAAAAAUGACUGUCUGUGAACAUCAGAAUUAGGAAGUAUAUAAACAAAUGGUAGAAUUGGUAUAACAUCGCCUGGUACAUUAACAAAUUGGAAUGAACAUUUGAUAAAAAAAAAUGUUGCACUUUCUCCAGUACUAUGUUGAAUAAUAGAAACAAUACUGACAGGAUAACACAUCAGAAAUAGAUGCAACAAAUGAUAAGAAAUAGACAAUUCAAUGCAGAAGGUAAACAAGAAAAA